CAGAGAGGCGGGCAGUCUGAAAAUCAAAUAAUACGUAGCCAUUAGCUGGUGAGUUCCGCGACCAGAUCUCGAAUUCCGCCGCAUCUCUUUUCCCCUGUAAUUCAACUACAUCUAUCUCAAGACGCGACAGCGCUUCUUCUUUUGUCGACACAGCCGACAAACACACAUCAUCUCGACCACGGCUUCGACGACACUUCAACAACACUCGCUUCCCAAACCGACCCAUCCUUUGUCUCCCAGUCGCCCGAUCGCAAUCCUCGCUCCUCUUGCCUCUAGAUGCUCUCCUCUGCUUAACCCUCACAACUCCGAAGAGCUGGGCGAGGUGUUUCACUACCAACUCUACACCCUCUAGCUCAAGAUCGGAUGUUGCCAUCGUAUGCUUCCUCGACCACCUCAAAGGUGGUGCCCCGGCAUCAUGCUAGUGGCUACUCAAAUGGAUAUCCAAGGGGAAACACCUUUGAGAUCUCCCCUCACAGAUACCAACCACGCUCAUCGACACCUGCAAACCGUCGCCGCCAACGCCUAUUGACCCGCCUCGUUAUUUUUGUCGCUGUCUCCAUCCUCUUCCUGGUUUUCGCAUGGCCUGGGGCCUCCUUGACUUCCAUCUUCUCUCUCGGCUUGCUGUCCGCCAGCAAAGAGCUACAGCUCGAGACAGUGCGAUACUACGACCUCAGCAACGUACAAGGGACUGCCCGGGGUUGGGAACGCGAAGAGCGCAUUCUCCUUUGCGUGCCUUUGAGAGACGCCGAGCCGCAUUUGCCAAUGUUCUUUUCCCACUUGCGAAACUUUACCUAUCCUCACCACCUCAUCGAUCUUGCCUUUCUCGUGUCCGACUCCAAGGACCGCACUCUCCAGGUCCUCUCCAACAUGCUUGAAGAAAUCCAAGCUGAUGAAGAUGCGAAGCAGCCAUACGGAGAAAUCUCCAUCAUUGAGAAAGACUUUGGACAAAAGGUGAACCAGGACGUCGAGAGCCGUCAUGGGUUUGCAGCUCAGGCAAGCAGAAGAAAAUUGAUGGCGCAAGCCCGGAACUGGCUUCUGAGUGCUGCAUUGCGUCCCUACCACUCCUGGGUAUACUGGCGUGAUGUCGAUGUUGAGACGGCCCCUUUCACUAUUCUCGAGGAUCUCAUGCGUCACAACAAGGACGUCAUUGUGCCGAAUGUAUGGCGUCCUUUGCCUGACUGGCUCGGCGGAGAGCAGCCCUACGAUCUUAACUCGUGGCAAGAGUCAGAGACAGCGUUGGCUCUUGCGGAUACCCUCGACGAAGACGCCGUGAUUGUCGAAGGCUACGCUGAAUACGCAACAUGGCGACCUCAUCUGGCAUAUCUGCGAGACCCAUACGGUGACCCAGAUAUGGAGAUGGAAAUUGAUGGGGUGGGUGGUGUCAGUAUCUUGGCUAAGGCUAAGGUUUUCCGGUCCGGAGUCCAUUUCCCAGCCUUCAGUUUUGAGAAGCAUGCCGAGACGGAAGGAUUUGGAAAGAUGGCGAAACGAAUGCAGUACUCUGUGGUUGGUUUACCGCACUACACGAUUUGGCACCUUUACGAACCAAGUGUUGACGACAUCAAGCAUAUGGAGGAGAUGGAGCAGGAGAGGCUCGCAAGAGAAAAGGAAGAAGAAGAGAAGGCCGAGAAGGCCAAGAAGGUUAAGGAGCAGUUCGGAGAUGCAAGCAGUCAAUGGGAGAAAGACAAGUCGGACAUGCAAAAUCUGGUGACGGAAGAAAAGAAUGAGGCCAAGGGAGUAAAGGAGACUGGAGACAAGAAGCAUGCGGCAGACAAUGACGAAAAGCCAGCAAAGAAGGAAAGAAAGGAGAAGAACGACGCUGCUUUCGUCAAGAAGGCAGAGAGCUGAGACCAUCAAUGGGGGAAGGCAUCGUUAUGGGACAACCCUUCUACGAUGCUGGCCAGGAAUGAUCCAUGUGCCUCAGAGGUUGAGGAUAGUUACGAUCUUCCAUAACGUGUCUUGCUGUGUAAAAUGUUACUCUUGAAUCAUCAGAAUAGGGAUGUUGCAGAAAGGCGUUGGUCUGGCCGGUAUCUUUGGGGCGCUUCAAAGAGGCUAUGUUAUGGGCACCGUAUUGGGCAUGGGGCGGCUCACAGCGGUGACAUGAGUACCUAAUUUGAUUAUUGUUGAUUUAUGAAGCGGAAUUCUCUUUAAUGGGCUACUAGGAGAAAAGUGCCUUUGCCUUUGGUGGAGAAAUACGUCACGUGGG